AUGGCACAGGAUGACAGCUGCCAGCUCUUGUCCAUCGUCGUCGCCAGCUCGGACCUGAUCAGGCAGCAGUGGCAGACCCUAGCGGCCGUCUACAUCGACGGACUGAUCUCAAGACUGGCUGCGACCGGUCUGCCUGUACAUAUCUCACUGACCAGCUUCAACAACGCCGACGCACUCCUCCCUCUGCGCUCGACAGUAUGGACUGCAGCAACAGAAGCUCGCUUUGAGCUAGCUUCACACUUUCUUGAUUCCAAUGACGCUCCUUACGACGCAAACGCGGACUCGCACGACAUGCUCUUUGAGGGACUGCUACGUGGCUUGGAGCAGCUCGACCGACUGCCGUCUGUCAAGCGUAAGACUCUGGUAUUGCUCACUCAGCACGACUUCGGGCUGGAUGUCUGGCUGGACCCCGAACUCUCGCUUGAAAGCUAUGUCACCUUGCAGCCGAAACCCAGGCUCAAUCAGACCGAACGGUACGACGACGAGAACUGGCUCUCAUUGCUGGAGAAGAUCAGUCAGAUGCAUGUCAAUGUCAGCUUGAUCGCGCUUCAGCCCACUACGCGACUAUCGCGGUGGCAUACCAGGCUCGUGGAGACAUCUGCACUGACGCAAAUCUCGCCAGAGACGCUUGGCUUCGCCCUGCCAUUCAGCCAGCAUCUAGUCAGCAUUGCAGAAUACGCUGACGCACAGCCAAUUCGACUGCAACCCACUGCGCCUACCGUCAUCGGCCUGCCACCAGAUCUCAUCAACGUCACGCCCGCUUCGAUCUCAAAGAAGCGCCAGGAGAUCGCCGCGGCUUACUCACAGCAUGUCGCAUCACUCCAAGUUUCUUUCAAGGCCGGCCAGAUCACCGAAGACUCUGCACGUCAGGAGCUCACGAGAGCCAAGCAGCAUGUCAUGAAACAGCAGGCUGCUCUAGACGCUCUUCAGCGUAAGAUAUCCGGCAUUCCAGAGCUUGACGCUCCCGCCAACCUCGACCCGAUAGCACAGACGAGUGCCAACACGGAAACGCUACAGUCUGCCGCACAGAAGGUGCAAACUGUGCUACCUCAGCGUGCGCCCACACAUGGACCGGAGCAGAACAGCUUGCGCUACUUCUGGCAAGGCGCGAUCAAGUGGGAGUUCAACGAUGCUGCAGCUCAGCAGAGACGAGAGCUCGCUGUCCUCUGCCGACUGUCGCUCAUUCCCAAUUCUCGAGUCGACAAGGAUGCGUUCGCGAGCAUCGUCUUCCCCAAAGAUGCAAUGCGCAUCGGCGCUAUUCGUCAGAUCAACCUCAGCGAGCUCCAAGCGUUCUCCAUGCGCAACGCUCUGCCUGCUCUCUCGAUCGCACCCAUUGAUGCUUCCUUCUUGAACAGCCGACGCGUCAAUCUUGGCAAAGAGAAUGACGAGACUUUCAAUCGCCUGGCGGUCUCACUCAACAAUAGCAAAAGUGUCGCCACGAUGCUCAUCAGCCAGCAAGGAAUCGGUCACGACCUCUUGAUGCUUUCCACGACCACUCCGCAGAAGAUACAAGAGUCGCGUGCGCCACCCGCUAUGAUAGGGCUUGUAUGCUCGCGACAACAAAUGAACGAGAUCAUGAGCUCGCGUGGGUUCACAGUCGAGAGCUAG